AUGGGGCGUCCCAGGGGUCUGUCUAGUGUCUCUACGGUCUCCUCAGUUCCUGAUCAGGAUCAGGAACUGGGGAGCAUGUAUGAUUACCUUGCUAAGGUAAUCCUACUGGGACCCAGUGGCGCGGGGAAAUCCUGCGUCCUACACCGAUUCGUUAAGAAUGAAUGGCGAGUCUUGUCAUCACAAACCAUCGGAGUAGAAUUCUCAUCGCGCAUCGUCAAGCUGGGCACCGGUUCAAGCAGGAAACGCAUAAAGCUACAGCUGUGGGAUACAGCAGGGACAGAACGUUUUCGAUCAGUCUCUCGGUCAUACUAUCGCGGCGCAGCCGGCGCUAUUCUGAUCUAUGAUGUAGCCUCCUAUGCCUCCUUCGCUGCCCUACCAACCUUCCUCAUGGAUGCGCGCGCGCUAGCCUCCCCGAACCUGACAGUCCUGCUAGCUGGGAACAAAGCCGACUUGACCGAUGCCGCGACCUCCGACAUACAUGACGACGCCUCGCGACCUCCACCUACACCGUCCAGUACCUCCAGCAAACAGUCCUACCCGUUCGAUGCGAAUAGCUCGAUGCGCUCUACCAAUUACUUUGGCCCAGGGACUCGUUUGACUGCGACAUUCGGCGAAGGUCGGGAGGUCAGCCGGGAGGACACGGUUCGCUGGGCCGCGCAAUCCAAUAUCCCCGUGGCAGUCGAGGUCUCUGCGCUGACUGGCGACGGUGUGGAGGAGGUCUUUCAGCGGCUUGCUCGGAUCAUUUUGACCAAGAUUGAAUUGGGCGAAAUCGACCCUGACGAUCCUCAGAGUGGGAUUCAAUAUGGAGAUGGUGGCAUGUAUGGCCAUGGCAACAGCGAAGCCUCGAGUAUUCGAAGCAAAGCUACGUUGGAUGACAAUGCCUUACCACUUCACAUGAACUCUCGUCGGCGUACCAAUAGGCCUGGCUCUGCUGGCUGGAAGAACGGCAUGAGAGAAUGGGAAGACGUGUUUCGGUUGAACGGUUCUCAGCCACGGCGAAACCAGGGAUGCUGUUAA